AUCUGGCAACCCUGCGUAUUAUCGAGCUGACAUUUGUGAUUUGUGACAUGAGAACAAUUUUAAAAGUUUAUUUAUGUCAUUUUUUGAUUGGAAAUAAUCAAAAAUCAAAAUAAUGGAAAGAAUUUUACCAGACAAGAGUAAAUUAUGUCGCCUGUGCUUAACAGAAUCUGUAGUUUAUCACUCACUACUCGAAGAAGACCGAGCAAUUUUCUUAGAAACUCUGACGUCUAUAAAAAUCGAAGAGGAAGAAUCAUUACCAACGAAUGCAUGCAUAAGAUGUUGCUUGAGUUUAAAAUAUGCGUUUCAAAUCCAACAAAAUAUACUUGAAGCUGAUCGAAAAUUGCGUUCAUUAGACUAUAAUUUAGUAAGCAAUGUAGAGGAUCAAAAGCCUAUAGAAAUUAAUACAGAAAGAAGCAUUACUGAAGAUGAUUCAAUGCAGACUGAUAUGGAUUUUUUUCAAAUAGAACCACCGAAACCAUUGGAAAAUUUUCAAGUAAUUGAUACACCGGUUUUUGAACAUGCACAAUUUGAAAAAGAACCAGUUAUUGAAGGUAUAAAUGAAUCUGAUAUUGUUAUAAUAAAAAAUGAAGUUGAAUAUAUUGGAGAAAGCACUUCAGAACUUCAAGAAGAUAGUAUAGAUACAGCUGUAGAAUCUUCUUGUAAAAUUUGUGGUUUAAUGUUUCCCGAAAAAGAAUUAAUGGAACAUGUAAAGUUUCAUUAUUUUUCCAAUGUGAAAUGUGAUGAAUGCAAUAUGCCUUGUGAGAAUAUUCAUACCUAUAGACUGCAUUUGAUGGAAGAGCAUAAGGAUGUGCCUACUAAUAAAAAUUGGGUGUGCAAAAUUUGUCAGGUUUCCUUCCUAUACAAGCCUUUGUAUAUUAUUCAUUUUAGAAGCGCCCAUCCUGCCAAAGCCAAAUCAUGCGAAGAUCAAAGUCCGGCAGGCGCUUACCCAUGUUCCUAUUGCAAGAAAACAUUUUUCAACGAAAAAAGACGCGACGCCCAUACGGCGGUGCACAAGAAAAAACAAUGCGACAUUUGCGGCGUGUAUAUCACGCCCACAAACUUUCCGGCUCAUCGAAAAUCGCACCUGGAAGAAGAAGUGGAGUGUCCGAUAUGCGGUAGAAAGUACAAAAAUACGGUAUCCCUGAAAGGACACAUUCAUUACACUCAUUCUCAAAGAACUUACAUGUGCGAAUUUUGUGAUAAAACGUUUAAAAAAUCUUACAGUUUGUUGCUGCACAUCAAAAGGGAGCACACUGGCGAAAAAUCACACGUCUGCGACCUCUGCGGCAAGAGUUUCCUCACCUUCUACAAUCUAAGCAAACACAAAAAGAUGACUCAUCAAAAACUUCGACCGUUCCAAUGCGAAUAUUGCCAAAAAAAAUUCUCGUCCAAGUUCGCGUUGCGUACGCACGAACGUCAACACACUUUGGACGCGCCGUUCGAGUGCGAUCUUUGCAGCCAAAGUUUUCGGCAGAAGGUGUCGCUGAAGAGCCACAAGAAGUCGGUGCACAACGUCGUGGAGCCGUUGACAUGCGCCUGCGAGGUGUGCGGAAAGCGGUUCAGCAGUAAGUUUGCUGUUAUGAGCCACAUGAGGUUGCAUUAAUUCCGUUUGUAUGAUGUUGCGUUAAGUUUGUAUAUUGAGAUGUUUGCACUUUUUGAAUAAAUAAUUGUUGA